CGAGUUUCACUUAAUUUUUAUUUGUUUACAUGUUUGUUUUGCUAGGCCGUCACGGCUGUUUAUUCAUGAAUUUAUUCGUGUAACAUGUUUUUUGACCUGGAGGGUGAUCUCCCAUUGGACGACAUGUGUUUUUCCCUCAGUUGCGUGACAACUAGAGGUUACUCAGUAAGAACCUGCUCAUGGGCGGGUUGGUGGGUAGUGGUCAAGGUCAGACUGCUGAGUGAAGUCAGAAAAGUAGCCAAGGAGACUGGGAUCAGACCCUCCCAGCAGCGAGCUUUUGUAUGCUCACAAGGAUUACUGAUUGGGCCUCUCUCCCAUCUUACUUGUAGUCUUGGUGCCCAUUCUUGGGUAUUCAGCUAAAAACCAACAAAACCAAGCAGCCAACAACAACAGCAACAAAACCUGCCUGGGCACCGGGUGUGUGUGAUGCCUUUAAUCCCAGAACUCUGCAGGGAGAGCCUGGGGAUCCUGGAGCAGGCUGGUUAGCUGGACCAGCCAGGAUUGGUCAGCCAGCAGGCAUAAAGAAGCUCAGAGGUUCAGUGAAGGACCUUGCCUCUGUGGUAAAGGGAAGAGAGAUGGAGAAGAUACUGACCGUCAGCCUAGGGCCUAUGUACACAUAUGUGGGUGUAUGGGAACACGUGCAUGGGAACAGGGAUACAUGCACACGGUCUACAAACAGAUUAUAAACACGUACAUAAAUAAAGAUAGCUUUUCUGGGUCAGGUGUAGUGAUGUACCCCCGUGACUCCAGACUUUGGGAGGUAGAGGGAGGUAGAUAAGGCUACCCUGAGCUACUCAGUGAGUCUGACCUACUUCAGCCUCUGUUUCAAAAACCCCAAAUCAGCCAGCCAUUCAAUCAGAAUAGCUUUUCCUUUCCCCAAGAAGGAAAAGAGCAAUAACAGCAAGAACCCUGUCAGUAUCCUCCAAACACUCUCUAGCAAGAAGCACAAAAUGCAUUGGUUAAAAAACAACAUUCUUUUUCAAGUAGUAAGUUUGAGGAGUGUGUCGGUUUUCCGGCGUACACGGCGCAAGCGGCUGCGCCCGCUCUGUGGCUGCGCCGCCCCACCCGCUUCUGUUUGGAACUUAGGUUUCGAGUCUUCUGGGCUGUCAUAAGAUGUCCCCCAUACUGGUUUGAAAAUGACAGCUAUUUGUUUUUGUCAUUUCAACUGGAUGGGUUUUAAUGAGGAGGAUGGCAGCCUGCCCCGACCGACCGUGCCUGGUGGCCACAGCUCCGGCCUCUUUUGCAGGCUCAGCAAGACUCCUAGAUCAUAGCAUAAAGCAGACGCAAGUGGGAGAAUUCCCGAAGUCUCUCUGCUCCUCUGGGCUCCAGAGGAGGGUUUAGUCCUUCACCACGAGGAGGUUUCGAUAAAGGAUAUGAGGAUCAAUGAUGCAGACUGCUGGGCUCGAUGAAGCUGGGCAUUUAUAACUAGAUUCAUUAAGGAAUACAAGGAAAAUAUUUAAAGGGAUCAAUAAUGGUGUCUUCUGGUUGCAGAAUGCGAAGUCUCUGGUUUAUCAUGAUAAUCAGUUUCUCACCGAAUACCGAAGGUUUCAGCAGAGCAGCCUUGCCAUUCGGGUUAGUUAGACGAGAGCUGUCCUGUGAAGGUUAUUCUAUAGACCUGCGAUGUCCGGGCAGUGACGUCAUCAUGAUCGAGAGCGCGAACUACGGUCGGACGGACGACAAGAUCUGCGAUGCAGACCCCUUUCAGAUGGAGAACACAGACUGCUACCUCCCUGAUGCCUUCAAAAUCAUGACUCAAAGGUGCAACAACCGAACACAGUGUGUAGUAGUUACCGGGUCAGAUGUAUUUCCUGAUCCAUGUCCCGGAACUUACAAAUACCUUGAAGUUCAAUAUGAAUGUGUCCCUUACAAAGUGGAGCAAAAAGUUUUUGUGUGUCCCGGAACCUUGAAAGCGAUUGUGGACUCUCCAAGUAUCUAUGAAGCUGAGCAAAAGGCAGGUGCUUGGUGCAAGGACCCCCUUCAGGCUGCAGAUAAAAUUUAUUUUAUGCCCUGGACUCCCUACCGCACCGAUACCUUAAUAGAAUACGCUUCUUUAGAAGAUUUUCAAAACAGCCGCCAGACAACAACCUACAAACUUCCAAACCGAGUGGACGGUACUGGAUUUGUGGUGUAUGACGGAGCUGUCUUCUUUAACAAAGAAAGAACGAGAAACAUUGUUAAAUUUGACUUGAGGACUAGAAUCAAGAGUGGGGAGGCCAUAAUCAACUACGCCAACUACCAUGACACUUCACCCUACAGAUGGGGGGGGAAGACUGACAUUGACCUGGCAGUGGAUGAGAAUGGCUUGUGGGUCAUCUACGCCACCGAGCAGAACAACGGAAUGAUCGUGAUUAGCCAGCUCAAUCCGUACACUCUUCGAUUCGAAGCAACCUGGGAGACGACGUAUGACAAGCGCGCGGCGUCCAAUGCUUUCAUGAUAUGCGGGGUCCUCUACGUGGUCAGGUCAGUGUACCAAGACAAUGAAAGCGAAGCUGGCAAGAACGUCAUUGACUACAUUUACAACACGAGGUUGAGCAGGGGAGAGCACGUGGACGUUCCCUUCCCCAACCAGUACCAGUACAUCGCCGCAGUGGAUUACAACCCAAGAGACAACCAGCUCUACGUAUGGAACAAUAACUUCAUCUUACGGUAUUCUCUGGAGUUUGGUCCACCCGACCCUGCCCAAGUGCCUACCACAGCUGUGACAAUAACUUCUUCAGCUGAGCUGUUCAAAACCACAGUGUCAACCACAAGCAGUACUUCACAGAGAGGCCCCGUGAGCAGCACAGUCGCUGGUCCUCAGGAAGGAAGCCGAGGGACAAAGCCACCUCCAGCAGUCUCUACAACCAAAAUUCCUCCUGUAACAAAUAUUUUUCCCCUGCCAGAGAGAUUCUGCGAAGCGUUAGAAAUGAAGGGGAUAAAGUGGCCUCAGACACAAAGGGGGAUGAUGGUUGAGCGACCGUGUCCCAAGGGAACAAGAGGAACGGCCUCGUAUCUCUGCAUGGCUUCCACAGGAACCUGGAACCCGAAGGGCCCGGAUCUUAGCAACUGCACCUCUCACUGGGUGAAUCAGCUGGCCCAGAAGAUCAGAAGUGGAGAGAAUGCUGCAAGUCUGGCCAACGAACUGGCUAAGCACACCAAGGGGACGGUGUUCGCUGGGGAUGUGAGCUCCUCCGUGAGGCUGAUGGAACAGUUGGUGGACAUCCUGGAUGCCCAGCUGCAGGAGCUGAAACCGAGCGAGAAGGACUCAGCCGGGAGGAGUUAUAACAAGCUCCAAAAACGAGAGAAGACAUGCAGGGCUUACCUUAAGGCCAUUGUGGACACAGUAGAUAACCUUCUGAGAGCCGAGACUUUGGACUGCUGGAAACACAUGAAUUCCUCGGAGCAGGCGCACACAGCCACCAUGCUGUUGGACACCUUGGAAGAAGGCGCAUUUGUCCUGGCAGACAACCUUUUGGAACCAACCCGGGUCUCAAUGCCAACGGAUAAUAUUGUUCUAGAAGUCGCUGUGCUUAGCACGGAAGGACAGGUCCAAGACUUCACCUUCCAUCUCGGCUUCAAGGGGGCCUUCAGCUCCAUCCAGCUCUCAGCCAACACUGUCAAGCAAAACAGCAGGAACGGGCUGGCAAAGGUGGUAUUCAUCAUUUACCGGAGUCUGGGACCAUUCCUGAGCACUGAAAAUGCGACCGUUAAACUGGGCGCAGACCUCCUAGGUCGGAACAGCACCAUCGCAGUGAACUCGCACGUCCUUUCAGUCUCCAUCAAUAAGGAGUCCAGCCGUGUGUACUUGACAGACCCGGUGCUUUUUUCCAUGCCACACAUUGAUUCUGACAAUUAUUUCAACGCAAACUGCUCCUUCUGGAACUACUCAGAGAGAACCAUGAUGGGAUAUUGGUCUACCCAGGGCUGCAAGCUGGUUGACACUAAUAAAACUCGCACGACGUGUGCAUGCAGCCACCUAACCAAUUUUGCUAUUCUCAUGGCCCACAGGGAAAUUGUGUACAAAGAUGGCGUCCACAAACUGCUGCUGACAGUCAUCACCUGGGUGGGCAUCGUUGUCUCCCUCGUCUGCCUGGCUAUCUGCAUCUUCACCUUCUGCUUCUUCCGAGGCCUGCAAAGCGACCGCAACACGAUCCACAAGAACCUGUGUAUCAACCUCUUCAUCGCUGAGUUUAUUUUCCUAAUAGGCAUUGAUAAGACACAGUACACGAUUGCUUGCCCCGUGUUUGCAGGACUCCUGCACUUUUUCUUCCUGGCUGCUUUUUCCUGGAUGUGCCUAGAAGGUGUGCAGCUCUACCUCAUGUUGGUUGAAGUUUUCGAGAGUGAAUACUCAAGGAAGAAGUAUUACUAUGUCGCCGGGUACCUCUUCCCUGCCACGGUGGUCGGUGUUUCGGCUGCUAUCGACUACAAGAGUUACGGGACACUAGAGGCUUGCUGGCUUCACGUUGAUAACUAUUUCAUAUGGAGUUUCAUUGGGCCUGUUACUUUCAUCAUUCUGCUAAAUAUUAUUUUCCUGGUGAUCACGCUGUGCAAAAUGGUGAAACAUUCAAACACUUUGAAACCAGAUUCUAGCAGGUUGGAAAACAUUAAUAAUUACCGUGUUUGUGAUGGAUACUAUAAUACGGACUUACCUGGCUAUGAAGAUAAUAAGCCAUUUAUCAAGUCUUGGGUGCUCGGUGCGUUCGCCCUGCUGUGUCUCCUGGGCCUAACCUGGUCCUUUGGGUUGCUUUUUGUUAACGAGGAGACCGUUGUCAUGGCUUAUCUCUUCACCGCCUUUAAUGCUUUCCAGGGACUGUUUAUUUUCAUCUUCCACUGUGCUCUUCAAAAGAAAGUACGGAAAGAGUAUGCCAAGUGCUUCAGACACUGGUACUGCUGUGGCGGCCUCCCGACCGAGAGCCCGCACAGCUCUGUAAAGGCGUCCACCUCCCGCACCAGUGCUCGCUACUCCUCUGGUACACAGAGCCGUAUAAGAAGGAUGUGGAAUGACACCGUGAGGAAGCAGUCUGAAUCGUCUUUUAUCUCAGGUGACAUCAAUAGCACUUCUACCCUUAAUCAAGGAAUGACUGGCAAUUACCUACUAACAAACCCUCUUCUUCGACCCCACGGCACUAACAACCCCUAUAACACAUUGCUCGCUGAAACAGUUGUAUGUAAUGCCCCUUCAGCGCCCGUGUUUAACUCACCAGGACAUUCACUGAACAAUACCCGGGACACCAGCGCCAUGGAUACUCUACCGCUAAAUGGUAACUUCAACAACAGCUACUCCCUGCGCAAGGCCGACUACCACGACGGCGUGCAGGUCGUGGACUGUGGACUAAGUCUGAACGACACCGCGUUUGAGAAAAUGAUCAUUUCAGAGUUAGUGCACAACAACCUCCGGGGUAGCAACAAAACCCACAACUUGGAGCUCAAGCUCCCGGUUAAACCCGUGAUUGGCGGCAGCAGCAGCGAAGAUGACGCGAUCGUGGCCGACGCCUCAUCUUUGAUGCACGGUGAUAACCCAGGGCUGGAAUUCCGCCACAAAGAGCUGGAGGCGCCGCUCAUCCCUCAGCGGACUCACUCGCUUCUGUACCAACCCCAGAAAAAAGUGAAACCCGAGGCAACCGACAGCUACGUCUCCCAGCUGACGGCCGAGGCCGACGAGCACCUCCAGUCCCCUAACAGAGACUCUCUGUACACGAGCAUGCCCAACCUAAGAGACUCUCCCUACCCGGAGAGCAGCCCGGACAUGGCAGAGGACCUGUCUCCCUCCAGGAGGAGCGAGAACGAGGACAUUUACUACAAAAGUAUGCCCAAUCUUGGGGCUGGCCGCCAGCUCCAAAUGUGCUACCAGAUCAGCAGAGGCAAUAGCGAUGGCUACAUCAUCCCCAUUAACAAAGAAGGGUGCAUCCCGGAGGGGGACGUCAGGGAAGGACAGAUGCAGCUGGUAACAAGUCUUUAAUAGUACAGCUAAGGAAUUCCUAGGGCCACACGCAAGUAUUAACUGCUAAAGACUGUGCCAGCCGGCCCUGCAGCUCCCCCCAACUCGGCCAGUAGAACCGGCUCUGCUGGCCGGGGGUUCUCCACUGUAGGAAAAAAAAAAUGGACUGAACCUCGCGGUUCUGUGAAUUUUUAUAAAACAUGCAAAAACUUUGUAUAUACACAGAGUAUACUAAAUUGAAUUAUUUGUUACAAAGAAAAAAGAAAUGCCAACCAGGUAUUUUACGUUUCUGCUGCUGUGUAGAGAGAUUGUAAAACAAACAGGAGACCCUCCCAGCCAUGAUCCCGCGGCAGUUGGUGAACUGAGUCUGUAAAUAGAACCCUACUGUUUUGGGUUUUUUGUUUUUGUUUUUGUUUUUGUUUUGUAGGCCUGCAUUGUAUUAUAUACAAGACGUAGGCUUUAAGAUCCUGUGGGACAAAUUGACUGUAUCUUACUUUUCCUGACAAGACUUGGAAAAGCAGGAGAGAGAUUCUGCACCCGUUUGCACUUCCCUGCAAACCUUUUACAUUAAGGCAGCCACCGAAACCAUGUUUAACCAGUAGCAAUCAAGCCACAGGCCUUAUCUCAUGUUUCCUCAACUGUACAAUGAACUGUUCUCAUGAAGAAAAAAAAAUUAAUGGCUAAAGAAAAUUAUAUUUUGUUCUAUUGCUAGGGUAAAAAUAAAUACAUUUGUGUCCAACUGAGAUAUCAUUAAAAUAAUUUUAAAAAGAGUUUGGAGAAAAUAUCGUGUCAAGCUCUUGGUUGCACAAAAUAGGCGAUGUCUCUUCUCCCACCCACCAUGGUGAGUUUCUGCCCCUCUUUGUUGGUUUCCCAUUGUAGACGGUGUCUGCUCUGACCGCUUAGUCCCCUUUCUUACACUUAAAUUUCUUAUUGCCAAAAGAGUGUGUUUUAUGGGGAGAAAACUCUUUGAAGUCCUGCCAUGCCUUGCACAAAUGUGGGGAAAUCUGGAGGUCUUGAGUCAACCCUCUGUUUAUUCUGGAACAGAGGGCGAAGGGGUCACUGGGCACUUCUCACAAACUUUCUAGUGAACAAAAGGUGCCUAUUCUUUUAUAAAAAAAAUAAAAUAAAAUAAAAUAAAACAAAAUAAAACAGAAAUAUUACUCUUCCAUAUUCCUUCUGCCUAUAUUUAGUAAUUAAUUUAUUUUAUGGUAAAGUUCUAAUGACGUGUAAAUUGUUUCCGCAAAGCUCUGCUCCUCUUUCAAGCCCUUUGUUGUAAAGCUGUUAAUAACAAGCCUAUCACUAAUAUCCAGUGUAAAGUUUAACACGGUUUGACAGUAAAUAAAUGUGAAUUUUUUCAAGUA